AUGGAUAUUAACCUGAUGUUGAGUGUUGUUUUCUUGCUGCUGUGUUUUGCUCCGUUUGGUUCCGGGCAAUAUGAGGAUAUUGAUUUUGAGGAUGACAUCUUCCCCAACUCGGACUUGAGUACUGUUCCUCUCCGAGUUCGGCGACAGAUCAAAACAUUAGUGAACAAGGAAACAAAACCUCACAUCCAGGAACUCUCUGUGAAAACAACUGUAAUCUCCCCUUAUGCCGUCACCUCUGUGUCCUGCACCAUGUUGAACCGGCACUCCGCGGCCACAGAGGGGGUAUUCCACUUCCAGAUCCCCACAGCGGCCUACAUCUCCAACUUCACUAUGAUCAUUGGGGGGAAGGUCUACCCCGGUGAGAUCAGGCUCAAGGAGAAGAGGGUCAAGCUGGUCAAAGAGGGAGGAGCCAAGUCUCAAAAAGAGAGAGCAGGUGAGUGACAGAGUCACGACUUUUCCCCGUGCAGCGAGGAUGACGUGGAGGCGCUCCGCGUGGCGGUCAGUGUCCCAGCGAAGAGCCAGGCGGUGUUCCUGCUGACGUACGAGGUGCUGCUGCAGAGGUGGCUGGGCGGGUACGAGCUGGUGACCAGCCUCCGGCCACAGCAGCUCGUCAGCAGGCUGACCGUCCAGGUGACCAUCGUCGACCACGCCCGGAUCACACGCCUAGAGGUGCUGCCGCUGCAGAACGAGAAGAGCGCUGCCGCGGUCAGCAGCGGAGCCAAAGCACAGGCUAAGCUAACACCUCCCGUCUCCACGGUGAUACAGCGGAAUAGAACCUCCUGCAAGAUCACCUUCAGCCCCAGCAUCGUUCAGCAGGCUACGAUUGCAACCAGCGGCAACCUGGGAGACUUCAUUGUGCGUUACGAAGUGGAGAGAGAGCUGGGCAUUGGCGAUAUCCAGUUCCUGAACGGACAUUUCGUGCACUACCUCGCACCAAAAAAUCUACCUGUGGUCCCAAAGAAUGUGGUGCUUGUCAUCGACACCAGCGCCUCCAUGAUGGGAACCAAAAUCAGACAGACAAAAGAGGCUCUCUUCGCGAUCCUGAGGGACCUUCACCCUAAUGACCGCUUCAACCUCGUGAGUUUCUCCAGUCGGGUCAAGGUGUGCCAGCCGGGCCAGCUGAUGACCGUCACCCCGAACAACAUCCGAGACGCAAAGAAGUUCAUCUAUAUGAUGACCCCCAGUGGAGGAUCUGACAUAAACGGAGCCAUCCAGACCAGUUCCUCGUUGCUAAGCGCCCAGGUGUCCAGCCCAGGUGCGCACCCCAACAGCGUGUCCGUCAUCCUGCUCCUGACGGACGGCCCGCCCACCGUGGGCGAACUCGAGUCUCCCAGAAUCCUCAGCAACACCCGCGCAGCAGUGCAGGAGCGGUUCUGCGUCUUCACCGUGGGCAUCGGGAAGGAUGUGGAUUACCGCCUGCUGGAGCGUGUGGCUGUGGAGAACUGCGGCAGGAUGUGCCGCAUCCAUCAUGACUCCCAUACCAAAGACACGCUCAAAACGUUCUAUGAUGGCAUUGGCUCGCCGCUUCUGACAGAUAUCCAGGUGGGCUACACCGAGGGCUCUGUGCAGAACGUCACCCGGAGCCAUUUCACCAACUACUUCAACGGCUCUGAAAUGGUGGUCGCGGGCAAGCUGACCAAUCAGAGCUCAGAAUCCGUGCACAUAGAGGUGACGGCCAGCAGCAGCGGCAGGCGCCUGGUGCUGGAGGCAGACGUGACCCUGAGGCAGGCGCGGGCGGCCGACAGCGGGCCGGCAGGGCGGGAACAGGCAGCCAGCGAUGGGCCGACGGGCUACGUGGAGCGACUGUGGGGCCUCCUGAGGGUGAAGGACGGGCUGAGGUCUCGGCGGCACAGCCAGACCCGCCGGGAAAGGGAGGAGCUGGGCCAGCAGGUGGCCAACCUGUCGCUGGCCUACAACCUCCUCACCCCUCUCACCUGCAUGGUCCUGGAGAUGGCCGAUGCCCAGCUCCACGGCAACGCGCCAAGCAACGCACCUGAAAACAGCGCCGCCACCGACCUGUCGGAGGAAACCAUCGGAGAUCAAGCCCAGAGUCUCCACAGAAAGACUGAACAACCAGGUAAGAAAUCUACUGCUGUCUAUCAAUUUAGUAAAUCUGUGGGGAAACCGAUAAAGAAAUCCAUCACCAUUUCCAAAACAUCAGCUGAUGGUGACCCACACUUUGUGGUGGAGUUCCCCCUCAGCAAGCUGACUGUGUGCUUCAACAUCAACGGAGAGCCGGGGCACGUCCUCAGACUGGUGUCCGACCACGAAAACUCUGGGGUGACGGUGAAUGGGAAGCUGAUUGGAGCUCCGGCACCGGCCCACAGCCAUAAGCAGCAGCGUACUUACUUCAGCACGAUCACCGUGGUGGUGGCCCGGCCCAAACGGGCCUACAUUGAAAUCACCCCCCGCAAGGUCAUCCUGGACGGCGCAGAUCGGAUGAUACUGCCGUGUGACACUACGGCCGCUGUGGAAACCGACGGGCUGGGCGUGGCCAUCGUGGGCAGGGCCAACGUCACCGUCACGGUGCAGGGAACCAUCGCCUUUGUCAUCCUGGUCCACCAGUACAAAAACCCGGCGCCAUACCAGCGGGACCAUCUGGGCUUCUACAUCUCCAACAGCAAGGGCCUGUCCAAGCGCUCUCACGGGCUGCUGGGUCAAUUCCUCUAUCAGGAGGUGGGGCUAAUAACACCCCCCCUCAAUGACACUGUGCCAGACCACUCCCUCGCCCCGCCCCCUGACCCUGCUCUGAAGAUCAAGGAGCGGACGGUUUCCGUGGUGAGGAAGAGCAGGAAGCUCUACAACGGGAGGCAGAAGGUGGACUGCUGGUUUGUCAGGAACAACGCUGACAAGCUGAUUGACGGCCACUACGAGGACUACGUUGUGCCACACCUCUUUGACACUGGAAACGGACUUCACGAGACCAAUGGAAAUUAAAACUGACACCCAAAAACCUAACAUAACCCAGCACUCCAACCACAAACUCAACAUGCCUGCCACA